UGUUCAUAAAUCCCUGACGCUUUUCCUGUUCGAGCCUGAAUGGUAGGUGGUUCGUGGUAUUUCCUUCGUUCUGCCACUUCAUUUAUGACAUAAUAAGUUGAUAGAGAGAAAGACAGAGAGCAACCUGUAGCCCAAAUAGUGAUUUUUCUCUCUCUAGAGAGAGCUUCUGGCUUCCAUUUGAGAUAACGUUAAGAGCACAACAACGCGAUAAGGCCUUAUCGUUCAGUUUUCCCAGAGCAUUUAAAGACCACACACACUUUAAAAGCUAACCCUACUUCUGAACUCUGGAAGUGACUCAUGACUGGCUAAAAAUUCAUGCGAACUUGCCAUUUGGGCCUGAAGCCUCCUAGGGAAUCAGUUUUACAAGCCUGUCUGGCAGUGAACAAUAAAUGUCAACCAACACAAGAAGAACAAACUUAACAAUGGAUUCGUUUAAGUCCGAGCAAGAAAAUGGCUUCAAGUCAUAUUUUCACGGGAGAUGCUAGCAAUUUGAAUGAUGACAAUACUAGGUCGACUGGAUCUGUUCUAGGCGACCUCAUCAAAGAGUACGGCCUUGAUCAACCGCAGCCCGCACAAGGGGUGGAAGAACCCGUCCAAUACCACAUAUUGCAAUCCCCUCUCGUCAAUCAUCCACCCACAACCACAAUUAACACGAGUGAUCUCGGCUUGGAUCCUAUUUUGAUCGAAAACCCAACCAAAGUUGCUUGCCCGGAGGAGAAAAUCGUUUUUAACUUGGUUCCCUCGUCAUCUCAAGGUGUCAAACAAGAAGUAGAAGAAGAAAACGAAGGAGCCGCUAUAAUGGCUAAUAUCACGGGUUUUGGAGGCAUCGCGCCAACCAAUCCCGGCAAUAUGGCCGCUCCAAUGUAUCCCUCUAAUGCCAGUUUGGCCCAAACUGCGUACGUGAAAGUGCUCGAAGAACCUGCCGACAACAAAUUGAGAUUCAGGUAUGAAUGUGAGGGUCGAUCGGCGGGUGCUCUUCAUGGCGGCAAAUCCAGUGGUGACAAUAAGACUUAUCCGACCAUCCAGAUUGUCGGCUACCAAGGACCAGCGGUGUGUGUGGUGUCCUUGGUGGAGCACGAGAAGCCCUAUCGAGCCCAUCCCCAUAACCUCGUGGGUAAAGAUGGAUUGUGUAAACAAGGCGUGUGCAGUGUGGAAAUCACCAAGCCGGACAUGACUUACUCAUUCCAAAAUUUGGGCAUCCAAUGCGUGAAGCGGAAAGAUGCGCAACAAUCCUUGGAGCGUCGCCAAAAGAUUCGCGUGGAUCCAUUCAAGCAAGGUUUCGACCAUAAAAAUAGGUCGAUUGACCUCAAUAUGGUUCGUCUUUGCUAUCAGGUGUUCCUAAAAAUGCCAGACCGAAGUCUAGUUCCACUCAAACCGGUUGUCUCAGCCAUCAUCAAGGACAGGAAGGCUUACUGCGAUCUGCAAAUUGUCGAUUACAGCGAUGACUCCUGCACCGUUGAUGGCGGCAAAAAGAUCCUCCUUUUCACUGAACAGAUCAAGAAAGACGACAUUGAAGUACACUUCACUCAGUACACAAAAGGUGGAGAGCAGAUAAUUGCCAAAGGAUCUUUCACGGCGAAUGAUGUCCACCGCCAAUAUGGAAUCAGUCUGAAGACCCCCGAAUACGUCGACAAAGACAUCACAGAGCCCGUAUUAGGGGCCAUGUAUCUCUAUAAACCCAAGACCCAAGAGUCGAGUGAGCCUGUGAAUUUCUACUACUAUCCAAGGCACUUUGACCAAAAACCAAAUCUGGACACCAUGAUCCAGAGUCCUCAAGACAUCAAGUCCAUGAAACGGGGACGAGAACCCAGAUUGAACCAAGAUGAUCCUUCUUCAGGUCAAGUAAAUGUUCCGUCUAAGAUCCCUACCGCUCAGCGCCAUCUAGGAGGUGGCCAAGUGACUGUAAUUGACCAACCCGAAAAAAUGACACCAGGGGGAAUGACCAAGCUCAACGAGUUCCUGCAGAGUGCCCAGAUUCAAAGUCCAGGGUCCAAGCCGAUUUAUGUGAACCCUCGGAUGAAUGUGCCCUCGCCUAGUUCCCAAGGGGUCUAUUCAUCAGCUGCCCGAUCUCCGUACGAACAAGUUGCUUUGGAAAAUGGAAACGUGGUCAUGAAAGCGACGCAUAUGGGCGACCCACAAGUUUCUCCCACGGGAAAUGUUCAUGACACAUUGUUCCAAAACCAAAAUAACUUAGGGUUCGUGGAACCAAAUGCUGUUCAAACGGCAGGCGUGACGUAUCAUCAACAGCCCGCUACAGCUUUACUCCAACGACAUCAAGGCCAAGGCCAAUCCGCCUCCUCCAACGUGGUCACAACCCAAAGCAACAACCUCAGCUCCAACAUUAGCGGGUUGUCCUCCUUGAGCCAAUAUCUGCAGCAUAGUGGUUUGGAUCCCCAAACUGACUUGAAUUGCGCACAAGUUUUGCCCAACUUGAACUUUGACUCUGGUGACUUGGCUGGGCCAGAUGAUAUGGAUAAUCUCAGCAGCAAUCUGGAUUCCAAUCUGAAAUUGGGACAAGAGCCCAAAGUUGAGGUCAACAAUCUGGACGACGGCUGCACCAAUUAUCAACGACAGGGUUCCCAAUUACUGCACACCCCAGAAGUGUCGUCCAUGUCAGUGGAUUUGGGCUCAUCCAACAAACGAAACAACUUGAACCGUCCCUAGAGAAGUCGAUAUCCAUGGCAAACAAGCAUACAUUUGAUAUUUGAUAUUUAUAUUGUACAUACUUGGUAUUAAGAGCAUAAUCAAUCAUCUAUCGUCAAUAAAAAGAGCAUAGUAUUGUUUUCACAUCGAAA